CCUUCAUAUGUAAAAUACACAGAAAUGAAAAGGAAAGUAGUGAAUACCGGCAUGCUGAGAUUGAGUCCAAAUGAAGAAGCCUUCAUUUUGAAGGAAGAUUAUGAAAGAAGACGGAAACUAAGAUUGCUACAGGUACGAGAACAAGAAAGAGACUUCGCCUUACAGAUUAGAGAAGACAUAAAACAGAGGAGAAAUCAGCAAUUUGCUCAUUUGGCAGAGGAGCUAAGGGCAGAAUGGGAAGAAUCACAAACUCAGAAAAUACAGAACUUGGAAAAACUGUAUUUGGCAAGUUUAAGACAUAUGGGAGAGGGACAUCGACAGGCCAAAGAAAAUGAACCUGAUUUGGAUGCUCUGGCACAGCGGGCAGCAGAAAGGAAAAGAAAAGCAAAUUUGAGGCAUAAAGAAGCCCUGAAAGUACAGAAAAAUCAGAAAGAAUUAUUAAUGAAACAAAAAACCUGGCAUAUAAAAGCUCGAAAGGAAGCAUUGCUUGUGGAAAAAGAGAGAUCUGCCAAAAUUACCAGCCUGCCACCUCCUCCUCCAACUCUUUUUGAGAACAUUGGAGUAAAAAGAAUUUCUGCAGAGAAAACCAAUAGUUCUACCUAUCAUCACCUUUACACUUUUGUGAAUAGAGAGAUGGAAACAAAGCAGCCAGAUGCUCAUUUGGCUGCUGAAGAAGAAGCUAAACGAUUGGAAGAACUACAAAAACAGGCAGCACAAGAGAGAAUGGAACAGUUUGAAAAGGCACAUGCACGGGGUUUUGAAGCUAUGAAAAAGAUCCAUUUGGCUCAGAAUCAAGAGAAACUACUGAGAGAACUCAAACAGCUACAACAAGAGGACCUGGUGCGUCGGCGACAGAUUGUAGCACAAAUGCCACCACGACUAGUUGAACUUCCAUACAGACGCAGUGAAAUGAAAGAAGACUGGCAGAGAGAGUUGGAAUUUGCCUUUGAAGAUGUAUACAAUGCAGAUAGGAAGGUUAAAGGAAACCUGAUUUUGCACCUUGAACCAGCGCCUUUGCCCACUGUGACCGAUGAGAUCCAAGAUGAAGAACUGGACCUGUCAAUGGACCAAGAGAAUGUAGGUGAAGCUGAAAAUCAUCCAGUGACAGAAGCUGAAAUAAUAUCUUCUAGUGAAACAGACGUUUCCUUGGCAAUGAAGACACAACAGGUCCCUUCAAAAAUUCUUUUUAAAAAAUUGUUAAAUAAGAUCCGAAGCCAAAAAUCUCUCUGGACAAUUAAAUCCAUGUCUGAGGAUGAAAGUGAAAUGAUUGCGACUACUGGUGAUAUUGAGAGCAAAGCACCAACUGUUGAAUCAGGAACAAUUACCAGUGAAGAGAGAACGUCAUCCUCUGGGCAAGAACAAGUUGCGGAAAGUGAUACACUAACAAUUGAGUCUGGACCGCUUACUAGUGAAGAUAAAUCACUUUUGUGUAGAACAAGCUCUGCAAAAGGUCAAGAAAUAAAUGAGACUCUACCAGUCACAACGGUAGCCAAGAGUUCAGUUCUACUUCAUCCUCAAGAAGAAGCAGCCAGAAUUAGAAUGUCAGCAAGACAGAAACAGAUAAUAGAAAUAGAAGAGCAGAAGCAAAAGCAGUUGAAAUUACUUGAACAAAUAGAACAACAGAAAUUAAAAUUAGAAACUGACUGCUUCAGGGCUCAACUGGAAGAAGAAAAAAGAAAAAAAUCUCAACAGACUGAGGUUAGCAUUGCUCCAGCAUCAUAUGCAAUAGUUUCUGAUGAAGACAGUCACAGGCAGAUGAUUCAUAACUAUCAACACCGGCUUUUACAGCAAAACAGGUCACAUAGGCAGUCUGUUGAACUAGCCAAGAAACGAUUACUCGAAUAUCAAGUUAUGUUAAAAGGAAGGUACCCAUCCAUGUCAGCUUCAUCAUUGAUAUCUGAUUCUGUUAUAUCAGUACCACCGCAGAAAUUGGAGAGACCCACUGCCAUAUCAAAGCAUUGGAGUCAAGGUCAGAAAAAGAAGUUGGAUCCUGACAAAUAUCAACUCAUACAACCUACACAGAUCUCUAGAUUAGAACAAGAUCAUUUUCAGGUAUCAAGACAAAAUCACUUUCCACGGAGACAGGUAGAAACAACAGAAACAUUAGGCACUUCAGAUGUCUUAGCUAAGCAAUCUUUAGAAUCACAAAAACAUCUAAAACAAUUCUCACAGACUGGAACACAACAGAGAGACUAUAUAUCAGUACCUAAAAAUUCUCAGACACUAUCAACGGCUUUGUCACAUGACAGGCCACUGGUAUUACAGGAUGCUAGAAAAAUGUCUGAAACAUUAAGGGCAACAAUGUUUCAAACUUUAGAUUCCCAGCAAAUGUUCUCAGAGACUAGUAAAAGAAUAUCUUCUGAGCUAACUGAACCUUCUUCGUUCCUACCACUGGCACCUCAGUGUUCUUUUAGUUCGCUGCCCCUUAAAGGUGAAUCUGGAAAGAUCCAGGAACUCCUUUCAGCCGCAAGCAAAGGUGCAGUUUCCACAAGCCAUUCUGUAGUCAGCCAGAUGCAUGCUAGGCCUUUGCCAUCCUCAGAGAAUAUCACAGCCCAGCAAGUUAGUUUGAAGACCCUCCAUGAACAAUUAGACCUACAGAAGGAAGUUCUUCAAUUAAGACAGAAAGCUCAAGAACAAUUGCUUUUGUGCAAACAGAAAGAAUUGGAACAACACACUGGCCUCUCUGUUUUCCCUCCAUUAGUAGCUUCAGGUUCAUCUGCUUUACUGCCUUCUGCCAUAGCUGAAUUGGGGAGAAUCCAGGAAUCUUCACCAGCGAAGAAUAGUACUGCAUUUUCCUCAGAUCAUCCUAUGGACCCACAACUUCAUGAUAGGCGUUUGAGUUGCGCACAGUCUAUCUUAUUGCAGCCAAGUAAUGUUAAAUUUCUCCAAGAGCAUUUGACUGUUCAGAGAGAUAACUUUCAGGCUAGACGGGAAGCCCAGGAAGUAUUAUGUGUACAUAAACAGAGUGAAUUGGAUGGAAGAGUAUAUUCUGAACAGGUAUAUCCAUCUAAGAGUGAGAAAGGAAUUCUCUCAAGCCAGUCUGAAAUCCCAAAAUCGCAGGAUGGGUCUCCAAGUUUCCUACAGCAGUUCCUGCCUCUACAUGACAGUCUGAAGUUGCUCCGAGAACAGCUGACUACACAGAGGGAUGCCCUUCAGGCUAGGCAUGAAGCUCAGAUGCAACUACUUUUGCAUAGACAAAGGGAUUUGGGGGACAGUAAGUCUGGGCAGGUGAGCUUUUCAUCUGAGAAUGAGAAUACAAUUUCCUCUCGUCAUUUAGUAAUCCCAGCAUAUCAGGAGAAGUCUUUUAGUUCUCCACAGCACAGCCUGCCACAGCAGGAAAAGAGAAUAAUACUCCAAGAACAGUCACACACACACAGGGUAAUACUUGGUACUGAAGAAGCAGCUCAGGAAUUUAUACACAAACAAAGUGAGUUGGAAAACAGAGUUUCUUCUGAACAGACUGGCACCUCUUCAUCCCUAUCCCAGAUAGAUGAGUCUGAGAAGUUCCAGGAAUGUAUGCCAAUCAUGAGUGAUAGCACCAAGCCCACAAGCCAUUCUGAGAUCCCAGUAUUUCAGGAAAGACUUUUGAAAUUUUCACAACAUACACUACCUCUACAAGACAAUUUGGAAGAACAUCAAAAUUGGCUAGACACAGAGAGAGAAGCCUCUCGUUACAACCAGAAAACCCAAGAAAAUACAUCUUCUGAACAAACUGGCUCGCUUUCAUUCAUGCCCCAGUUAGUACAGCUUUCAUCUACUUCAUUACCUUCGGCUGAGUCUGGUACAACCCAGGAAUCUCUUUCAACAGAGGGUGAUAAGAGAGUUUCUUCAAGCCAUUUUCAGAUCCCACAACUGCAGGAGAGACUUUUGAGGAUAUCACAACUUAUCCAGCCUCAACAAGAUAACUUGAAGGCACUUCAAGAGCAGUUAACUACACAGAGGGAAGCCAUCAUUCAAUCUAGACAGGACGCUCAGGAAGAAUUACCUUUAUAUAAACAGAGCGAAUGGAAGGGAAGAGUAUCCCCUGAGCAGGUUGGCACCUCUUUCUUACCCCUAGUAGCACAGCAUUCAUUUGCUUCAUUGCCUCUUACUGAAUCUGAAGGAAUUCAAGAACCUUGUCCAACUAACACAGUUUCCCCAAGUCACUCUGAGAUACCAAGAUUGCCUGAUAGGCUGUUGAGUUCAUCACAUCCUGUUUUACCUCAACAAGAUCAUUUGAUUGCACUUCCAGAACACUUGAAUUCACAGACAGAUUCCCUUCCUUCUAUUGAGAACACCCAGAAAGAAUCAGUUUUGCCAAGGCCAUGUAAGUUUGAGGAAGAGGUAUCUCCUGAGCAUUUUAUUCAGCCUCACCAUGGUGAUUUGCAGGCACUUCAACAGCAAUUAGAUGUACAAAGGAACGCCAUUCGAUCUAGACAAGAAGUCCAAGAAGAAUUGCUUUUGCAAAGAUUGAGCAAAUUGGAGAAAAGCCUAUCAUCUGAGCAGACCAAUUCCUCUGCAUUCACAUCCCAGGUAGCACUGCCUGUUGCUGACUCUAAAAGAACUCAAAAGUCUUUGCCAAUGAAAAGUAGUGAUACUAUUUCCUCAGGUCAUCCUGAGAUUCCAGAAUCACAGGGUAGACUUUUGAGUUUAUCACAGUCUAUUCUGCCUCAGCAGGAUCAUUUGGCAGCACAAUUAGACUUACAAAGAGAAGUGGUAUAUUCUUGUGAGAAGCCUCAGAAAGAACUGUUUUUAAACAAGCACAGUAAGUUGAACAAGAGUGAAUCUGCUGAGCAUGCUAUUCCCUCUUUGUUUUUAUCCAUGGAAACAGAUCAUUCAUUUAUUCCAUUACCUUUUGCUGAAGCUGAAUCUGAAAGCACUUAUAAAUUAUAUUCAUCCCAGAAUGAAUCUGCAGCUCCCUCAAGUGAUUCUGUGAUCCUGAGAUUUCAAAAUAGACUUGUGAGUUUUUCACAGCCUAUCUUAGCUCAACAAGAUAACUCAGGACUUCAGAAGCAGUUGGAUUUUCAAAGAGAAGUUCUGCAUUACAGCCAGAAAGCCCAAGAAGAGUUGGUUGUACAGAGACAAACAGCAUUGCAGCAGCAAAUACAGAAACAUCAAGAGACUUUGAAGGAUUUCUUUAAGGACAAUCAGAUAAGUAAGUUCACAGUUCAGAAUGAUUUAAAAUCCCAUAAGAUGGGGCAGCUCAGAGAGUGGCUUCCUCAUAUACAAGACUUUGCAAGAGAUGAUCAGGAAAAUAUUAGUCAUACAGAUAGGAGCAACUCUGAUGAUGAUCAGCUGGCAUCAGAAGAUGUUAGUGCCAAGCAAAGUGGUGAACAUCUGGACAAAGAAUUGGGUAGAAGAUCCUCAAAGCCACCUGUAGCAAAAGUUAAAUGUGGUUUGGACUUAAACCAACAUGAACUUAGUGCUAUACUAGAAGUAGACUCACCAGCAGGUGGCAGAACCUCUUUACUAGGUAAACAGAUGGUUUGA